UGCAUUUAAAUAGAAUGGCGCGAUGGAAGAACACAUUUGAACAUGACUUAAAAGAACUUAUUCGCAACCUGACAGGAUUUAGGGAAAGAGAAGAAAAUUUCAACUUGUGUCUCCAGUUUGCUACCUCCAAUGUGAAGUACCAUAGAUUUCUUGAUGUUGAUAGCCACAAAGUCACCGAUGUAUUGAAUGGGACUAUCAACAAGUUUUUGAUUCAUUCACAACAACAGAAAGCUGAUGUCUUAAGGAAGUUAAGUGAUGAGUUCCUCGAGGCUCCUGUGUUUGAAGGUCGGGAUACAGGCAAGACUGAUACUCAUUAUGCCCUGCUUUCCUUGUUAUUGAGUCUAUCAAACUCCCCCACUCUCACUGAAUAUGUGGAACAACCAAGACUCCCAAAGGAACAAGCACCAAAGGAGACUUUUGAUUGGGCAGCUUAUCUGUUGGAAGGUGAGGAGGAGCCAUCUCACCAGUACAUAUCUGAUAUAGAGUCUGAAGACGAUUGGAUUGAUGAUGAUGAAGACGAGGAGGAGAGAUCUCCCAGGGGAGAUAAUCAGGAUUCCCCUGAAGAUACUCCCCCACCUCCAUUUCCUGAUGUUAGUUUAUCUACCAUCCAGGCUGAUGAAAGUACACUGGUUGCCAUGGACACCACUCCUCCUGUUGAGACUGGAUUUGAUUGGCUGACUAGAAAUGUGGUGGUUCAGUACUGGUGUGGACAGAGUGCUGAUGACACAGACAGCCAGUUUUCUAACCUCAAUCGUGAUUGGGAGUCGUACAAGCAAAGGUCUCGUCCAUUGUAUACUAAAAGGAAACAGACCAUUAUCACAGAAACAAAUCUCAUGAGAGAAAUUCUCUGGAUGCUUGGUGGAGUAUCAGACUUUUUUAUUUUUAUUUACAAUGGCCAUCGGUUUCUGGUGCGGGAGGAUGUGGCCCUGUCUCACCUUACAGAGAAUUCUCUGGAGGCAUUCCUGGAGGAAUUCACAGAACAUGGAGCAUAUAUCCAAAAUCUGCUCAAGUUUGAAGAAGAGGUGAUCAACCAGAGUUGUUGCUAUGGUGACAGUAGUGGGACAACCAAUCAGCGAGGCAUCUGUCAGACUCUUCAAGCCUUCUCACAAGUCGUGUUUGACUUUAUAAAGAGUCUGCGACAAGAGUUAACCAAGAUAGAGAAACUUGUCAUCAAACAAGAAGAAACAUUUACCCUUGCCAUGCUGUACAAUAAACUGAAACCAUGGUUACCAAAGGUCAAGGUGAUUCAUUCAAUUUAUGAGAGAGGAGUGAAGGAGGCAGAAUGGUUGCCAGGCAACUAUCAGAAAGCAUCACAGUUACUCAGUGUUCUGUACGAUACCGUAAUGGAGCAUGACGCUAUGUCAAGUUACUCCUCGGAAAUGAUGAACCUGUUACUACCCAUGUGGAUACAAACUUGUCGGCCUUACCUUGACAUCAUAGAUGCUUGGGUGACCAAGGGAAAUCUGCCUGACCCCAUGGAGGAGUUCAUAGUUAAAAGGAAUGAAAAUGUGCGAUCUCUGGAUGAAAGCUUUUGGGAGACAGCCUUCACGAUCCAUAUCCCUUCUGACCAGAGUCUGCUGGAGGAAUCAAUGUCACGGCAACCAGGGUCAAGGUCACUUGACACCACACAGAGCAAAGGUACAAUCUCCCAUUGGGCCCCACAGUUUUUACAACCUAUCCUCCUUGAGGUUGUGCUAGCGGGAAAGUCUAUGGAGAUGUUUCAAGGGCUUGGCUGCCUAAGGGAAGUCGUUGGCAAACAGGAUGAUAUUUUUUACAAGGCCACACCCUUGUACGACACAUUUCUUGAAUCUUUAGAAAAACUCCUGAAUUCAGAAAAUUCAGAAACUUCCAAAAAAGAAGAUACUCAGACAGCGGAAUCUGACCAUGAAAUGUCGAUCUUCACCCAACAGAUUGAGGAUCAGAUGAAGAUCAGGGGAACGUUUGACAGACUGUUAAGAAUCAACUUUGACACAGUAUUUACAGCUUGCAUGAAAAAGAUAUCCCCUGAUAGCAUUACGACUGAGGAUGUCAGUAACAGUGUCCUCAAAGUGACCGGGAAUGGCCUCCAGCCUUUAUCAGUGAUGCUACAGGAAUGUCUCUAUCCCCACAUCCAAACACAGUACUCCAAAAUCUGUACCCACCUUGUAGUUAUGCUGAAGGAGGAAUACCACCUGAUGGAGUACCUAGCUUCUAUGAGGCAUUUCUUUUUGAUGGAAGCAGGAGACACCAUGUUUGAAUUCUAUGCUCCGAUAUUUGACAAGAUUCGUCUCCAUGAACACUGGCGGGAUGCUUCUUCUGUCAACCUAACUCUCCAGGAGGCACUUCAGACUUAUUUCCCAGAUGAGGUCAACAGGCUGACCAUAGAGAUCAGUUCGAUUCCUUCGUCCUCAGAACCAAACCCUAUCAAUGUAACCGAUUGUAUGACACUUCAUUACAAGGUACCAUGGCCUGUAGAUGUUGUCAUCAACACAAAGUGUCAGAACAUCUAUAAUCAGGUGUUCAGCUUCCUCCUGCAGAUCAAGCGAGCAAAAUACUGUCUUGAUGAACUGCGAUUCUUUGAUCUAGAAAAGGAGGAUAUAAUCAAGAGUAGGUCUCGAGAUGAAGAGUUACUUACCCUGGAUGAGGAGCUCGCCAGUUCAGCUCGUGUACACAGGGUGCAUGUUCUCCGUAUGAGGCUGUUAUUUUUUGUGAAUAGUCUACACAACUACAUCAUGACAAGAAUAUUACACAGCACAGGGCUGGAGUUCCAGACAGAGAUACAGAAGGCAAGGGAUCUUGAUCAAAUAAUUAAGGUCCAUAACGACUAUAUCCACAAGAUACAUGAGCGUUGUCUCCUCCACAACAAAGUUAAGUUCCUCAAAGAAGCCGUCAUGAAGGUUCUCAACCUCAUUCUGACAUUCCACAAUCUCUGGGACAAAGGAAUUCAUCACAUCAGUAUAAAAACUAUACAGGAGAUCGAGGUGGAGUUUUCUCGGUGUAUCCAGUUCCUUGCUUCCUUCCUUAACAAUGUCAUCAAAAGAGGCUCUUUCCCACAUCUGGAAUCCCUCGCCUUCGCCCUGAUCACCUCAACAGAACAUGUCACCAGACUACGACCCCACUGACAUACUCGCUACACACAGAACAUGUCACCAGACUACGACCCCACUGACAUACUCGCUAAACACAGAACAUGUCACCAGACUACGACCCCACUGACAUACUCGCUACACACAGAACAUGUCACCAGACUACGACCCCACUGACAUACUCGCUACACACACAACAUGUCACCAGACUACGACCCCACUGACAUACUCGCUACACACAGAACAUGUCACCAGACUACGACCCCACUGACAUACUCGCUAAACACAGAACAUGUCACCAGACUACGACCCCACUGACAUACUCGCUACACACAGAACAUGUCACCAGACUACGACCCCACUGACAUACUCGCU